ACCCGCUUGCGUGUGCCCCCCCAAACAAAAUAUCCCCCACCAUUCAGCACAGCACAGGAACAGCAACAAAAAUGAACAUGCUGCAGAGUUUUAGCGGCAGCGCUGCCAACGCCACAGGCGAUGCCACCAGCGCCGAGACGGAGCUCAAGGAGCGCCUGAUAGCCAGCGUCAAGAAGGAGGUGAAGCAACUGAUGGAGGAGGCGGUGACCAAGAAGUACGUGCACGAGGAGAGCAGCUCGGUGACGUCGCUGUGCGGCGCCGUGGAGGCCUGCCUCAGCCAUGGCCUGCGCCGUCGUGCUUUGGGCCUGUUCAAGACCUCCUCGACAACGGCCCUCAUCCAGAAGAUAGCCAAAAUCUGUCCGGAGGCGGACUACGUGAGUCGGCGCCUGCUGGAACUGGAGCUGGCCCACGAGAGUCCCACGGUGAGCGGCAAGCGUUCGUCCUCCAGCAGCGACAGCAUCAUCAAGCCCAAGCUGAUCAGCAAGCAAACGGGCAGCAGCUGCAGCAGCAGCUCCGUCACCACCAUCAAUACGGUCAGCAAUGGUGCUGGCGGCGCUGGUGGCGCUGGUGGUGGUGGUGCCGGCGGUGUCCUUGGUGGCGCUGGCACACCCCUGGGCAAGUACCUGUGGAUACGGCUGGCGCUGUACGAGAAGCGGCUGGCCAAGAUCAUUGAGCAUCUGGUGGGCAAUGCCAGCAACUACUAUGAUCGCGAGGCGCUGGUCGCCGACGCCGAUUAUGGAUCGAUACUCAGCUCCCUGCUGGUGGGGCCCUGUGCCCUGGAGUUUACGCGGGCCAAGACAGCCGAUCAUUACUGGUCCGAUCCCUGUGCCGAUGAGUUGGUGCAGCGGCAUCGUAUCAGCUCGGGUAACCGCACACCGCCCACCUGCCAUCGGCCGAUCAUUAAUUUUAAGAGGAGUCUGCACACCAGCUCGGAGGACACGAGCAGCGGCAGCUUCAAGGCCUGCUCGCCGGCGAGCGUGGCCAAGGACUAUGUGGAGUCGCUGCAUCAGAAUUCGCGCACCACCCUCCUCUAUGGCAAGAACAAUGUCCUCGUCCUGCCCAAGGACGUAUCGGAGCCGAUGCCCGGCUAUCUGAGCCUACACCAGAGCGUCCAGUCGCUGACCAUCAAGUGGACGCCAAAUCAGCUAAUGAACGGCUACAACGAUGGCGACAACAGCGACAAGAGCUUCUACUGGAGCUAUGCCCUCAAUAUCAAUGUGGACGAAAUUGUCUAUGUGCACUGUCAUCAGAAUCGUGGCGGCGACACCGGCGGCACCAUCAUCCUGGUGGGCCAGGAUGGCGUACAGCGUCCGCCCAUUCACUUUCCGGAGGGCGGACACUUGCAGGCAUUUCUCAGCUGCCUGGAGACGGGCCUGCUGCCGCACGGACAGCUGGAUCCGCCGCUCUGGUCACAGCGCGGCAUUGGCAAGCUAUUCCCCUGGCCCAAGAGCGUGCGACGGCACAUACUGCCAUCCGUUAUGGAGGCCUCGUCCGCCUCCUCCAGCGAUGAGACGCCCAUCGACUAUGUCUUUCGCGUGGUCAGCAAGAGUCAACACGAGGAGUUCUUGGCCACGCAUCCCAUUUUGGAGCUGGGACGGUCGAGUCCGCGUCGCAAGCAUUUGGGCAGCUGCUCCACCACCGGCAGCAGCGACUGCUCCAGCAAGAGUCUCUCCAUCGAUCAGAGCAGCAGCGAUCCGCCCUUGAUACAGGCCAGUCAAACGGCCAGCAUUGAGCUCGUGUGCUCCACCAUGCGGCGACAGAUCAUCUCGCGGGCCUUCUACGGCUGGCUGGCCUACUGCCGUCAUCUAUCCACAGUGCGGACGCAUCUCUCGGGACUGGUCUAUGGUCGCAUUAUGCCCGAUUUGGCUGCCGACGAGGAGGGCCUCACCCGACAAAAGUGGCUGGAGAUGCAUGUGGAUGGCGUUGUCUCUGGCGAGUUGGAGCUCUAUCGCUUGGUUUACUUUGGCGGCGUACAGCCCGAUCUGCGGCAGGAGGUUUGGCCCUAUCUGCUGGGCCAUUACGCCUUCGGCUCCACGCCGGAGGACAGGAAAAAGCAGGACGAGACCUGCAAGCACUACUACGAGACAACGAUGAGCGAGUGGCUGGCCGUGGAGGCGAUUGUUCGUCAGCGUGAGAAGGAGAAGACAGCGCUGGCCGUGGCCAAACUGAGCGCCGAACAGGCGCGUCUGGCGGCCAAUGCCAAUGGUGCUGGUGUUGGUGCUGGUGGCGGUGCUGCUGCCGCAAAUGCCGCAAAGCCAAUGACCAAUGGCAGUCGGGAGCUGGAGCUGGAGCUAGAGCGCAGCGGCCAUGGUCAGAGCGGUGAUGAGGCGGAGCUGGGCGGCGAUGAGGGUGAGAACGAUGUGUUUGAUGAUAAUGAUUUCUCCGAUAUAUCCGAUCCUGGAGAUCUGUCCGAUGAGCCCGAACUGGCAGCCGAGGCUGAGGAGCAGCCUGAAGAGGAUGGAAACGAGAAAACGGACGAGGAGCAGGAGCAGGACCAGGACCAGGAGCAGGAGCAGGAGGAAGGUCAAUUGAUGCCACAGCUGAGCGAACAGCUGAUGCUGGAGUUCCAGAAUCUCGACUGCAUGGAGCCGCUGCAUCUGCAGGAGAACUGCUUUGCCGACUCUGAGGCGGAGGGCGAGAUGGGACUGGGACUGGAUGCUGGCGGUAACAUCCUGCUGCUGAGCAUCAAGAGUUCUCCCUCCACCAGCAGCUACGAGACGGUGGGCAAUGAGUUCGUGGACAUGGUGGAUGUCAAGGAGGAGCCAGAGACAGAGCCCGAAACAGAGCCAGAGCCCUGCGGUUUGUUGAGUAAAUUCCACAGCGCCGAUGAUGUGCGUCGGGAUGUUGGUGAAGAGGCAGACCAUGAGGAGGAGCAUCCAUCCACGUCGGUGAUCAUCACAGAGGCCGCCUCCCUGGACGCCUUGGAUGUGCAGUGCAACGAUGACGAGACCACCGAAGAUUUUACCUCACGCAAGACCAGCCUCAUGUCCCCCAUGAACGAGGACAUCACGGUGGUGGCCAGCCUGGAUGCCCUGCAGGAGCCCAAGUCUGCCUGCGUCUCACCAGCCAGCUCCAAUGGGGGCGUCUACAGCGUUGAGCUGCUCGAACAGUUUGGCCUCAAUCUGCAUCGGAUCGAGAAGGAUGUGCAGCGAUGCGAUCGCAACUAUUGGUACUUUGCCAACGAGAAUCUGGACAAGCUGCGCAACGUGAUAUCCACGUAUGUGUGGGAGCAUCUGGACGUGGGCUACAUGCAGGGCAUGUGCGAUCUGGUGGCCCCACUGCUGGUCAUCUUCGACGACGAGUCGCUCAGCUACAGCUGCUUCUGCAAGCUCAUGGAGCGCAUGAUCGAGAACUUUCCCAGCGGCGGUGCCAUGGACAUGCACUUUGCCAAUAUGCGUUCCCUCAUACAAAUCCUCGACUCGGAGAUGUACGAUCUGAUGGACUCGAAUGGGGACUAUACGCACUUCUACUUCUGCUACCGCUGGUUCCUCUUGGACUUUAAGCGGGAGCUCGUCUACGACGAUGUCUUUGCCACCUGGGAGGUGAUCUGGGCGGCCAAGCAUGUGGCCUCUGGCAACUUUGUGCUCUUUCUGGCGCUGGCCCUGCUGGAGACCUAUCGCGACAUCAUACUGUCCAACAGCAUGGACUUUACCGAUGUCAUCAAGUUCUUUAAUGAAAUGGCCGAACGUCACAAUGCCCAAUCGAUUCUGCAGCUGUCACGCAGUUUGGUGCUGCAGCUGCAGACAAUCAUCGAGAACAAGUGAAGGAGGAAGCCAGCCGAAGCACGCAUCAACUUUAACCUUAACCAUAAACAUAGCCCAUAAUCCGUAGAUGUAUACCCGAUGUAAUUGCCGAUCAGUAUUGAGCAUGCGAUGAUGUACUAUGUAGUAGAGAGCACACACGUAGAUCAUAGAAUGUUGUUGGAUAGUAACUGCGCUUUAGUCAUUACCUGCACACACGGCAUACAUACAUACAUAUGUAGUAGAUGGCAAUUAGCUGGAAACUCUUGAUGAGUUUGGUGUUUUGGUUUUUGGAGUAGUGUGGAUUUUUUUUUUUUUUUGUUUUUUUUUUUAGAAACGGCUGGGAAUCGCCUAUGUUGCGAUGCAGAAGUUUACAAUUUGAAAUGUAGCUAAAAUUAAGGAAAUUGUAGUGACCUGAGAUGUGAAGCGUAAAGUAGAACAAACAAACAAACAAACCAAAAAAAAAAUGAUAUGCAAAUGAACAACGUAAAUGAAAAAAUACUAUUUAC